AUGACAGUCAGCGCAACACAACACAUACUAAAGGAAGUCGAUGGUUCUGCAACAUUUGAGUUUUCUUCAACCCGUGUGAUUUGCUCAGUUACAGGCCCUAUUGAGGUGUCGAGGCCACGUAACGAGCAGCCAACAAAAGCCCACUUAAGCCUUUCAGUUAGACCAGCAACCGGUGUGCCAACAACAAGAGAAGCCUACAUGGAGCAGAAGCUAGAAAAAAUUAUUUCUCCAAUGAUUAACAUGGAAGAGUACCCCAGUAAAGAAAUUCAAAUUGUUGUUCAAGUAUUGGAAACGGGUGAACGUGAACAGUUUACUUGCAUGGAAUUGGCCGGUGCUGUAAAUUCUCUUUACCUGGCUUUAUUGAGUGCAGGAAUAUCACUCAAGGCCAGUUUUUUAAGCUCAUUCUGUGCAUGCAGAGAUGAUUCCUUAAUUAUUCGCCCGAAAAAACAUGAAUUAGAUGCUUCAACUUCCCACCAUGUUAGCGUUUUUUCCAUUAUCGAUGGCCAGGCAAGUGAAUUGCUCUACAGUGAUUCUCUCGGUAAAACCAACGAGAAGGAGAUAUUUGCUGCCCUUCAUGCUAUCUCUGAUGAUGUCAACAAAAUGAAUGAUACAGUAAGGGAAACGAUCCUUCAUUCCGUCGCAGAUGACUAUGUAUGGAAAUUUUAG